AUGGACCUCGACCUCGACCUCAGCAUGGACCUCGACCUCGACUGCAGCAUGGACCUGAGCAUGGACCUGAGCAUGGACCUGAGCAUGGACCUGAGCAUGGACCCGAACAUGGACCUCUUCUUCGACCCAGCGAUGGAGAUGAUCGACGUCGACCUCGGCGUGGACGUGGCCGACGCCUUUGACGUCCCAUCGCCCCGCAAGGCCGACGUCUGGCCCGCGUCCGACGACGACGAGACGCAACCGUCGGUGGGCGACGACGAGAAGCAACUGUCGUUGGACGACGAUGCGAGCUCGACCGACAGCAGCAGCACCGACGAGCGGCAGACGCAGCGCGGUCGAUGGACGCAGGACGAGCACGACCGGUUCCUCACCGGCUACAAACUCUACGGCCGGUCGUGGAAGCUCAUCGCGACGCACGUCGUACCGACCCGGUCCUACACGCAGGUCCGGACGCAUGCGCAAAAGUACCUCCUCAGUCGGCAAUCGAGCUCCAAGGACGCGCGGAGCCUCCCCAGCUCUCCCCUUCUCCGCUCGCCAACUGCCCAUCGUCGCGUGUCGUCGGUUGUCGCCUGAG